AUGCGUUGCCUACUCCAACUUGUCCUCAACCUCCUCAUUUGGCGAUUUUCGGCAAUUUUUGCCUAUUUCGACUGUCCACAUCGAUGCCAAUGUUACGAGGAUAACGAGCAGUCGACGCAGGUUCAUCUCAUUUGUAAAUGGGAGCAGAUCAACAGCACAAGUCUUUCCAAUUUGUCUCGACCCGAAUUAAUUCGAACUUUAACAAUCCGAUGUCCGUAUCAUUCACCAAAAGUCUCAACACCAAUUCCGGCCAUGUUCCAAAGGCUUCGAAAUUUGGAUCGUUUGGAGAUUGACCGCUGUUUGAUGGAGAAUGUGCCGGAAACACUUUUCGCUGGUUUACAUCAACUCUAUUCGCUUAUAAUGAAAAAUGGGAAAAUUUCCGAUUUACCCAGGGAAAUAUUCGCCCAUGUGCCUAAUUUGAUGAUGCUCGAUUUAUCAGGAAACCAAUUAAGAAUCGAACCAUAUUCUCUUAAAUCUUUGCAAAAUCUGCUUCAUCUUGAUCUUAGUGAUAAUAAUAUUGGAUUUCUCACCAAUACAAUGGUUUCAUUGACAAAACUCAAAGUGAUCACAAUGAACAACAAUCGAUUGACAAAUAUCGAUUUUCGCCGAUUUCCGGAGCAUCUGACCGAUCUUUCUCUUCGACAUAAUCAAAUUUCCACAAUGCAUUAUCUGCGAGCAACCGCGAGACAUUUGAAACGACUCGAUUUGGCUGCGAACCGUCUUGAAUUCAUUGCCGGAUUAGCUUCAGGAAGCAUCAAUGUGCUUCCGUCCGAGCUGAAACAUGUCGAUCUGUCUGAAAACCGGAUCAAAUUCCUUCAGGAAAACGCAUUAGGCCAUUUAGAGCAUCUCGUAUUAAUUGACUUCAAAAACAAUUCAAUUAAAGAAGCGAAACAUUCCAGUUUCAAAGGUCCGAAAGGAGAAUUCAAACUAUUUUUGGCGAACAAUCCAUUAUCAUGUCAUUGUAUGCAUAAAUGGCUUAUGCAUUCCAAACUCAAAAAUAUCACAAUUGCGGAUCUUGAAGCAGUUCAAUGUGUUUCUUUGAUGCAUCCGCACAAAAUGAUGCUUCUCAAAUUGGCAGUUGAGCGAAAUGAUUUGCUGUGCAAAUAUUCAAAUAUGUGUGAAGCGAAUUGCGAGUGCUGCGAACGUUCGAUGUGUUCUUGCCGAUUUCAAUGCCCACCGUCUUGUCGUUGUUUGCGAUCAGCCGACACAUCGAGUCCAAGGGUUUGUUAUCAGUUUCAAAGAAAAAAAAAAUAG